CUUUCUUCUUCGACACUUGAUCUUCCAGUCUUUCGUUUAUAAAUCAGCAUUCUCGAGGUAACUUUGGCUUCUGUGGUUGUCCCUCUCGCAACAGCCACUGACGGUUAACAAUCGUUGAACCUCAUCUACAUUACGACAGCUGCCUCCCAUGGAAGUUUAGAACCCCCCCUUGCUGCUCGUUAGUAGCUACAAAAUUGCGCAGGUCUUAGUCCACCUGCCAUGACCCAAAAUUCACAGGCCACAAGGCCUAAAUGGGCCGUCGGAUCAUUUUUCCAACAGGCAGUGGCUGGGGUAGAGUCUAGGCUGGACCUCAUUCUGGCAGACCCAGAUGAAGCGCCAUCGAAGAACGCAGCCACGAAGGCGAAACAGGAUGAAAGGCAGACAACCGAAUCUCUUUCACGCAGCUCAUCUUCUGCGCGAAAGAAUGACAGGCUACAGGAACGGUUAGCUCGGGCUAUUGUGAGAUCGAAUACUCCGGCGCAUCUCGCCGCCCAGUCUUCCGCAAGUCGAGUGUCUUCGCGGACCGCCAGCCCAGUACCGAGUGUCGAGGCGCGAUCUAGUGUGGAAGUCGAAACUAGCUCUGAACCUUUGGAAAAUAUGAAGAAUUCAGUUAGAAACUCUGCUGGUCAUGGCGAUGCCCUCUCGACAACGCCGGUUGCUCCUAGGAUAAGCCACGAUUCUGUUAUCUCAUCUCGGAAUUCAAAGGAGACUCCUCGCUCAGAAACGGAAGACACCACUCCCAAGGAAGUCGUUAAAACUGAGGGCAAAGUCAUUGCUCAAGGGACUGAAACUCCUGAGGAGCCUACGGGUGUUGGACCAAAAGUGUCGGAUGCACCAGGAGAAGCCCCCCAGAUUAUUACGGACCAGACUUCUGAUACACUUGAACCCGUGGAAGUUGACAAAGAUAAGGCGGAAAUUGCGCAGUUAAAAGCCGAACAUGAGGCAGCAGAAUUACGCUGGCAGGAGGAGAUUCAUGGAUAUAUCGAGCGGAUCGAUGCAUUGCAAUCCAAGCUGAAAUAUCUCGCACGAGAGGCGGCCGAAUCUGCAAAGGAUGCAGCAGCCACGGCAGGUCCAAAGAGCGUUGAGAAACAGCUCCGUGAAAAAGAUGAGAAAAUUGCAUUAUUACUUGAGGAGGGUCAAAAUCUGUCCAAAAGCGAACUUGACCACAGAACUGUAAUUAAAAAGCUUCGCCAACAGCUCAUCGAACAAGCCAAGGCUCAGGAGGAAACAAAGAAAAAGAUAGAAAAGCUCGAAGGCGACUUGGCUAACUCUGAGGCUCGCGCCCGGCGUGCUGAGACGUCCGAGAAAAAGGCCAAUGAUUCGUUAGCCUCAAAAACAAAAGCCGCCAGAGAUCUCGAAUCUGUCACGGCAGAGCGAGAUGUACUAAGCCAAACAGUGCAAGAGAUGAGGGCACAGCUAUCCAGGGCUGUCGCCCGCGCUGAGAGUGCCGAGGCCAAGGCGCAUUCAGAGGCCUUGGAACAGGAAAAGCGUCGAGUAGCAGAGUUAGAAAAGGAAUUGACGAACUUUAAGAUAGAACGCGACAUAGCUGAAGAAAAAUUCAAAAGACAGAUCAAUGGCCUCCGGGAAAAUGUCGAGCAAGAAAAGGAAAGGACCAGAAUUUUAGAGGUCGAAUUGAAAGGCGAACAAUCUGUCCUUGAAAGCAAAAUGGAGAGUCUCCGAUCACGAGCAGAAGAGGCGUCUUCAGGGACAACCGGUGACACACAGGCGAAGCUUUUACGGCAGAUUGAGACCCUGCAGACCCAGUACGUCGUCGCCAGCGAAAAUUGGCAGACACUUGAAGGAUCAUUACUUGCCCGAUUGGCAAGUGUGGAGAGAGAACGAGACGACCUCACGCGUCAAGAAGCAGACAUGCGACGGAAGAUCCGAGAAGCGAACCUCAAGGCAAAGAAGGCAGUAGAGGAGCUCGAAAAUGCCCAAGAGACCCAACAAGACCUCGCAAACAGGGUUGAAGAAGGCAAGCAAGAGCUACUGAAGAUGGAACAAAGGCUCAAGAAGGCUACGGACGAACUAUCCCAGCUUCAGAAAGACCUCGUUGAUCAGAAGAAGGUCUGCGACACAUGGGCGCAGAGACUAGAGGACGAACGAGCGAAAUGGAAUGAGCAGAUGAACCUGCUUCCAUCACCCAACUCCCUGCACCGGCAACGCAGGGAGUCUGCCAUUGCAUACAACCGCCGGCCAUCGGCAAAUCUCGAUGCAACAGCACCUCUAUCCGACUAUCGAUCUACGAGCCGCCGUUCUUCCAUGUUGCCUCUCGUACCCGGUCUUGAUUCCAUAGGCUCGCCUCCUCCGCGGCAGAAUUCAUAUCCUACAUCCUCAGCAUCGCAAUCAGCGCUUCCGAUACCUCCCCAAAUACUCACCAACACCAGUAACAACAUGUUGUCCAGCCCUACAGUCGUAGAGACGCCGUCGGUGACUUUUGAGCCCGAUGAGUUCUUUUCCGUCACCCCAUCCGCCUACGGCGCUGCCCAGACGCAUCAUUCUCGGGGAAUAAAUGAUAUCAUAUCCGAGUCUACCGCCGGCGCUGGCCCAUCAGUGCAGUUGGUAGAACGCAUGAGCGCAGCCGUUCGUCGACUAGAAAGUGAACGGGCGGCAUUCAAGGAUGAACUAGCCCGUGUGGCCGGACAACGAGAUGAAGCCAGACAACAGGUCGUGGAUCUCAUGCGGGAAGUGGAGGAGAAGAGAAAUUCGGACAUUCGCGUGCAAGAGCUAGAGAAACAUAUCUCUGAGUUGGACCAGCGAUACCAGACUACUCUUGAGAUGCUCGGAGAGAAGAGCGAGCAGGUAGAGGAACUCCGUGCUGAUAUUGCUGAUCUUAAGAAGAUAUAUCGAGAAUUGGUGGACAGCACCAUGAAGUGA